AGGAAACACUAGUCACACAUGUUUAAACCGACCACACAGAGGCAACGCUGGCUCCAAUAUGCAUCAAAAAUGCAAACUUUUCCUCUUCUAUAUGUGCACAACAGUGAGCAUUUCCUUGGCCUUUAAUAUUGACUUGAGGGACCCUGAAGUCUACAAUGGAAGUGCAGAUGAUUUCUUUGGAUUCAAAGUUCUACAGGUUGGAUCCAAGAGCAACAAAGAAAUCGUAGUGACUGCUCCUCUUUAUAACAAUGGAUCUGGUGCAGUUUAUCUCGGAAGACAAAACCACAAAUCUCCAUUCACAGCAAAAGCUGUCACUGUUGGAGCGAAGGAAUUGCCUGUUAAGCACUUUGGGUUGUCAAUAGCAAAGGAUCUCACACAACAUCAGCUUACUGUUUGCAGUCCCAAUGUUGUUGUUAGAUGUAAUGAAAACUCCUACAUGAACAGUGUGUGCUACAAUCUCACUGAACAAUUAGAGGAGCAGUCAGUCUUCAAACCUGCUUUUCAAGAUUGCACCAAAAAGACAGUGGACCUUGCUUUUCUGUUUGAUGGAUCAUUAAGUAUGACAGAGAAAGAGUUUGAAGAAAAUAAGUAUUUCAUUGAGGAUAUCAUGUCAAACCUUAAAAACACUUCUAUAAAGUUUGCAGCGGUGCAAUUUUCAACUGAAGUAAGGACAGUUUUCACUUUUAAUGACUACACAGAAGAUACAGCCAGCACUAAGCUCAAAAAAGAACCACAAUUAAGGAGUCUCACCAACACCCACAAGGCACUGGAUUUUGUUCUAAAGGAGCAUUUAAACAAUACUUCAAGUGGAGCAUCUCUAGAUGCAACCAAAGUGCUGGUUUUAAUCACAGAUGGAGAUCCAAGUGACUCUGAUAGAGCAUAUGGGUCUAUCAUGAAGUAUGACUCAAUGGGCAUAAUUCGAUUGGUGAUUGGAGUGAAAAAAGUGGAUGUAACAAAAUUGAAACUUAUUGCUUCAGAGCCUAAGGACAAUAACACAUUUCACAUUGAGAACUACAAUGGAUUGACUGGGGUGCUGGAAAACUUCCAAAAGAAGAUCUUUCAAACUGAAGGCUCCAAAGCAGCUCUGGCUGGAGACUUGACUGAGGAAAUGUCUCAGACUGGAUUCAGUGCUGUCUAUGGCAAAGAUACUCUGCUCUUGGGCUCGGUGGGCUCACAGACAUGGAGAGGGUCUCUUCAUGAGCUUCAAGGAAAAACUGAGACACAGAUUCAGGAUUCAGAGCAGAAGGAAGACUCUUACAUGGGUUAUUCUGUGUCUGUGGGGGAAAAGAACACGACUGCACUGUAUUUCACUGGAGCUCCGAGAUACCAGCACAUGGGACAAGUUGUGCUUUUUACAUCCACAGCCGGCAAGUGGACUCCUACUCAAAGGAUCAAUGGAGAGCAGCAUGGUUCGUACUUUGGUGCAGAGGUGUGCUCCGUGGAUGUGGACUCUGAUGGAAACACUGACUUCCUGUUUGUGGGAGCUCCCCUGUUUUACCAGACACAUCAUGUGGCGGAGGGCAAGAUCUACAUCUACAAACUGACGCACGAUAUGAAGCUGAUAAAACUACAUAACAUCACUGCACAUGUCAUGGGGCGGUUUGGCACCACUAUCGCCAGUGUGGCUGAUGUGAAUGGGGACGGACUCCGAGACGCAGUUGUUGGGGCCCCACUUGAAAACCAGAAUAGGGGAGCAGUGUAUCUGUACCUCGGGGACAGGACCAGAGGCAUACGGAGCACACACAGCCAGAGGAUCCUGGGGGAGAAUGUACAUCCUAAACUACAGCUCUUUGGCCAGUCCAUAGACGGCAGCAUUGAUGUCGGGAAUGAUGGUCUGCCUGAUCUUCUUAUUGGCUCACGUGGAUCUGCAGUUGUUUUAAAAUCCAAGCCAGUGUUCAACAUUACGACUCAUUUGAUGUUUGACCCUCAUGAAAUCCAUAUUGACAAAAUCAAAUGUCCAAGCAACAAUGAUGACUUUAUACCUCUGGUCACUUUAACAGUCUGCUUUCAAAUGGUAGAGGCAACCAAGAGCUCUGCAGGAGCUGUGAAACCUGGACUGAACAUCUCCUAUUUUCUGGAUGUCGACCCAAUGAGACAAACGUUUAGAGGGUUUUUUAAUUCAACCACAAAAAAGAGAAACCUAACUGAAACUUAUGAGUUGAUAGAUAAAGAAACCUGCUUCAACCACUCUGUUUACAUGCUGAAAUGUGUAACUGAUACAUUGUCACCGAUCGAAAUUCACAUGAACUUUUCACAAAUGGAGAUCGAGAAGGCAGAUGUAGCACUCAACUCUGACAGUGAUAAGGAAACAUCUGUGGAGGUUCCCUUUGAAAAGAGAUGUCGCAAUGACACCUGCAUUGCUGAAAUUGAAGUGGAUUUUGACUUUAUGACUCCAUCUUUAGUUGUGGCAGAUCAUAACUACUUCAAUGUGAGCGUGACUUUGUUCAAUCGAGGUGAAGACUCCUACAACACCAGUCUCACCAUAUACCACUCUCUAGGACUGUCCUUCGCCAGGAUGAGUCUAGCUCAGGAUUCAAAGUCCAAACCACUUUACAGCUGUCGUGACUAUGAAGACAGAACACUGUGUGGCGUCAGUCUUCCUGUUUAUCGCAGCCAAUCACAGGCCAAAUUCAUGAGUGUUUUCCAUGUUAUAAGAGAGUAUGAGUGGAAGGAGUCCUUAUCAGUGAAUAUCACGGGACACAGCGAUAAUCAAAACUCAAGUAAAGGCUUUGUGGUCAAAGACAUCCCAGUUCAAUUUGAAAUUAAAAUGGUACUUUUAGUACAUGAAGACAGCAUCACUUACAUGAACUUUACCACCGAGCAUCCUGCCCCAAGAACAUUGGUUACCAAAUAUACAGUAGAAAAUUAUGGGUGGAGGCAUUUUCCUGUGAAUGUGACUCUAGUUUUUCCCACAAAACUCGAACAUGGCUUUGAAAUGAUGAACUAUAAAGUCUUUAUUGAGCAGAAUACAACUCAGUGCAGAGAAAGUGACCUGGAAUCUCCUUCAUCUCAAAAUAAUUACUGCACUCCAGAGCGAGAAUGCAAGUACAUAGUUUGUGACCCUUUUCUACUGACCAAUGCAUCUGUGGAGUUUGAAUUGUCUGGACAAGUGCAGUUUAAAGACCUCAGUCAACUGGAUGUACCUUUCCUGAAGCGAUACACUGGUGACGGCGACAUGAUUGAGUUUGAAAGUUUUCUAUUUGUUGCAUAUGACACAAAGAAGUAUUCACUGGACUCUUACAAUCAAAAGCGAAAAAGGGAGAGUCCAGAUGACAGCUUCGGGGAGGACAUUGAGCCAGUAGUGAAAUCGAGUGAGGUCCUCAUUGAGCUGAUCGUUUUACCUGACAUGAUGCUCAUCAUUAUGACUGGAUCCAUAGGGGGCCUGUUGUUGAUAAUUCUCAUCACACUCAUCAUGUUUAAAUUGGGAUGCUUUAAGAGAAAACUGCACGACAUGGUCCAAGAGGAGGAUGACGCUGAUGAGACAGGAGUUACAAAUGGAGUGGCUAGUUAUUCCUCUGAAACAGAGGACAAAGAGGACAAAGAAGACAAAGAUGAACCGGAAGAGGACAAGGAGCUUUUGGAAAAAAAGGAGAUGUCCUCGAUCCCAACAACUGAUGUGUAAAGACUGGACAGGAGUGUGACAAACAACUUGGGAGGAAAGUUACCUUUGGACAUGAUUUUCCCUCAAACUUACAAAGCUACAACGGCAAUCUAAGUGUCAAUAAAGCUGUCCAGUGUAGUGCCAAGUUCUGAAUUACUCAAAAAAGAAAAGUGUAAAAAUAUGUUAUCUGUUUUGGUGAGGUUAACAGAAUUAUACUCUUUUCUUUAAAUGAAAAGUCUUGGCUGCUAUAAUUGCUAUAUUGUAAUACUGAGAUUUAAAAUGUGUCAAAACAGUCUUUUCUUCAGGUUGUCUGCACUGAAAUUGAGCAAAGGAUCAUUAAUGUAUUUCCUUUAGCUUUUUGUUUGUUAUGUAACAAAACAAUGCUUUUAAGCAAAAGAGCCUAUGACAUUUUACAUGGAAAAAGGAACUUGACAAAGCUUGACAAUCAUGUUUAGAAGAUUAACCAUGCAAGUUAUUCAAUUCAAUGACAGCUAGGGGCACUACCACUUAACAAUAAAACCUG